GUUGUCAUAGAAAUCGAAUCUGCGCUUCAACGUUGAGAAUAAAGAUCGGUUGGAACUCUUCGACAUUGUUACUCCAGGAACCCCACAAUGUUCAUUCGCACAACACGACUACAUGCGCUUCGCUCGCUACGGAAGGAGACAGCUCGUCCUUCGUCUACAUCAACCCGCUCCUCCCUUCCCCGCCGGACAACAGCAUUUUCGAGUACCCCACUAGGACCGUCUAUCAACCCGCAACCCACCGCCUCAUUUGCCUCCCGGAAUAUGUGUUCGGUAUCCAGCAGCACAAUGACAUCCCUUGUUCCGUCGACCCUUGCCAAAACCCUUCAUGCGAGGUCAGCUGCAGUAACACUAGCAAGAACGUACGGGGUUUGCGAUUCAGACGAUCUAUAACGUUUUUUGUGGGUCAUGUUUGAGUUUGGGGGUACACUAGGGCGAAGGAUAUCUGAAGAUGUCGAUAUGCGGAGGAGUUCUUGGAGCCGCCACAGAAGACCGAGUGACACAUCAAAUUUCGAUAGCCGCUAGGGAAUGGGUCCGGAAGAAAAGAUGCUAUAGAAUCUGAUGCGCGCGAUGAGUCGUGAAACACAUGCCAUGUCUACAUAUCCUCACAAUAAAAUAAUGGCACAAAGCGAUAUCGAGCUCACGAUCAAAGAAAUAA